CCUGUGCACGGGCGGGUGCAAGCAUUGAGCGCGCGCAGCGCUGCACCCGCUCAGCUCGGGUUUCUUUGCGCACCGAAAGCGAGGCAUCGUUCCGGUUUUUUUUUUUUUUUGCCUCUUGUAGGUUCAUUUCUCCGGCGUCGUGCUGUGUCGAGUGCGACAGGGAGACACACUGGACCAGGAAUGAGGACUUUCCCCAAAAACAGAAGCUGCGAGGUUUACAGCGUAUCCGGUUUAGGACACUGUGGAACCGCAGACUCACCUGUACAGGACAUUCGAGUAAAUGAGCCGUUUGAAACUGUGAGGGCUUCUGACAGUGAGACUCAAGCUGGGUCAGACACCAUGUGGCUGGGGGACAGGAGAGCCACCUUAAGGGCAUGGCGAAAGUGGGUACUGGGUGCCGCCCCCCUCAUCCCUCUGUCCACUGCUGUUGCACUGACUCUCCAUUUCCUUGCAUCUUCUCCGUCUUCUACAGUGUUCUUCCUGGGAGGAAACGUGGAGUUUUCCAACCUCAGCUUUUCACCUGACCUGGCUGAUCCUUCCUCUACACAGUUCCACCUUCAGUCUCAGGCCCUCAGCCCCUAUUUCUCAGCGUUAUAUGAGUCAUCACCCUGGAGGCCAUACUACCGCCGCUCAGGGAUUGUCGCCUUUAGUGAAGGAGUGAAUGGACUGAACGUUUUCUUCUGGAGUAAGUUCUCCACUCCAUCAGCGGCUAUUGCAAAUGAGCUGCAGAGAGCUAAACCUGCGUGGUUGCAGCGGCAUCUUCCCGGCACUAACAAGGUUCUUCACAGCAGGCUGGAGGAACAGUAUUACUUGGCGAAGGAUGAAGACACACUAAGAUUCUUGGGAUUGAAUUUAGACAGUGAAGAUGAUGAUGAUGAUGAUGAUGACAUGGCAGAUAAGAUAAAGAAUCCCAACAACCUGCAGAGUGGCAAGUGGCAGCUUGGACUUCAGGCAAUGUCUUUUGACCUCUACGCCAAAUAUGGCAAUAAUCGAACUCUGAGUUUGGUGAGCCCGAAGAAACCUUAUUACCAGUGGAGGCUGAGAGUUCCCUCAGGUCAUGUAGUGCGGUUAGAUGUAGUCACCCUGCAGGGGGCAACACCCGGUAGCUGUUCAGCCAACAAACUCUCCGCAUAUGACUUCCUGCUUCCUCUUCAGAACAAAAUCAUAGCCAGGUGGUGUGGUUUACCAGUGACCAGCUCAUCCCCGGUGAUGAAGCUGACAUCCUCGGGAAACGUCAUGCUCGUCACUUUUUCGUUUAGUCGACAGAGGCAUGGAGCUAUCUUCAAGGCCUACUUUCAGGCUAUACCAAAAGCCGAAUGUGGAGGCUUUCUGUCAGCUUGGAAUGGCACCAUAGUAUCCCCUUACUAUCCUGCCUACUACCCUCCAAACGUGGACUGUAACUGGAAGAUCAGGGCUCCGCUACCUGGUUACCUGCUAUCCAUAACCAUUGUGAUGCUGGAUAUUCAGGACUCACCCACCACCAGCAGCUGCGAUAAAGACUGGCUGGAAAUCGGUGGCGUCAAGCUGUGUAAUCCAAUUGGGGACAGCAGCAGGAAGAGGAUCUACUCCUCCCCUGUGUUACUGCACUUUCACUCCGACGAGUCUCUGACUCACAAGGGCUUUUACCUGGUGUACAGAGCCUUCUCCCCGGAGAGCACGUGUCCGAGGCAGUUCCGCUGUGGAGAUGGACGCUGUAUUCCUCUGAGGAAAGUGUGUGAUGGAGAGAGGGACUGUGCAGACGGUCGGGACGAGGCCAAGUGCUCGAUGUGUAAACCAGGAGAGGUGUACUGUGGGAGUGGGCAGUGCAGACCACAUGGGAGCCAGUGUAACCUUCAGGCUUGUGGAGACAGCAGUGAGGAAACAAACUGUGCAGGUAAAUGUUACCACAUGUGCUCGAAUAAAAUAUGCCUUCCCAAGUCUUCUGUUUGCGACGGUGUCAUAGACUGCAAAGACCGUAGUGAUGAGCUCAACUGCACAAGGGCAUACAAAGGGUGCUCACCGACGUCCUAUAAAUGUGCGAAUGGCAAGUGUAUUGCGAAGGUAAAUCCUGAGUGUGACGGCAUCAAAGACUGCAAGGACGGAUCAGAUGAACUACGCUGUGCAGGGUGUGGCACUCGGCCAAGGAAACGGGCGAAGAUCGUGGGAGGGACGGACGCACAGGCGGGUUCAUGGCCCUGGCAGGUGAGCCUGCAGAUAGAGCGCUAUGGCCACGUGUGUGGAGCGUCUCUAGUGGGCAGCCGCUGGCUCCUUUCUGCUGCUCACUGCUUCCAAGACUCGGAUGCCAUCAAGUACUCAGAUGCUCGUGCCUGGAGGGCUUACAUGGGCAUGCGGGUCAUGAACUCGGCUAGUAAUGCUGCUGCUACACGCCAGAUCCGCAGGAUAGUCCAGCAUGCCCAGUACGAUCAGUUCACUUCUGACUACGAUAUUGCCCUCUUGGAGCUCAGUGCCCCUGUCUUUUUUAAUGAUUUGGUACAGCCCGUGUGUGUGCCAGCACCAUCACAUGCCUUUACCUCUGGCACCAACUGCUUUGUCACUGGCUGGGGAGUCCUCACUGAGGAAGGUGAGCUGGCCACUCUGCUGCAGGAGGCUACAGUAAGCAUCAUCAACCACAAAACGUGCAACAAAAUGUACGAUGAUGCCGUCUCUCCCAGAAUGAUAUGCGCAGGAAGUGUACAGGGAGGAGUCGAUGCCUGUCAAGGAGACUCUGGAGGGCCUUUGGUGUGUCUAGAGCGGGGCCGGAGAUGGUUUCUGGCUGGCAUUGUGAGCUGGGGCGAGGGAUGCGCACGACAAAACCGGCCCGGAGUUUACACACAGGUCAUCAAGUUCACAGACUGGAUCCAUCAGCAGACUAAAGGCCAGGUGUGACAUAUCAACAAAACAGCUUGGAUUUCAUCACGAUUUGCACACACUCUGUCGUUCUUCAUGGACAUCAACCCAGACGUCAUGGUGUGUAGCGAUACCACAAACUCUGUCACGUUUCUAUGAAGGAAAUCCCCCUCAGUCCAGGCCUCAUCCUUAACCAUUUCAUACCUCUCUGCUCAAUAAUGCUCUUUUAUAUCCUGAACGAAACAGUGCACAUGCCGAAAGCCUCAAACGACAGACCGUUAUUUUAGUAAUGUUAAUGCUCUGUUUAAAUAAUGAGUGUCAAAAUAUGCAAAGAGUAUUGCAUAUGCUGCAUCACUAGUAACAUACAUGUAAUCCUAUUAACAGAUUUAACCAUAUUUAUAGACUGAUGAAUACUCAUCGUGUGUCCCUGAAUACUGAGACCACUGUAUCUUGCUCAUUUCAUAAAGGCCAUAUAAUUACUGUGAAAUUACUUGUAUGUAAAAAAAAAAAAUGAAAGAGUAUAUGCCCUAAGAUACAAACCUGGUGAAAACUACAACCUAAUGAUUUACUCACUCAGUCUAAAAGUAUUUUGCUUUAGUCAUUUUUCUCUCAUUCAUUGCUUUAAAUGAUAUUUGAUUCGAGUUAAUUGAACCCUGAAUCAUGCGGGUAAAGAGAUUAUAUUAAACCUAAAUAAAAUAUAUUUUGCUGUUUUGUUCAUUUAGCAGUAUUUAGCUACCCAAUUCAUGCUAAUCCUAUACACAGGCGUUUAUUUAUUUUUUUGAUAAACCCAAUUUGAAAACAAAUGUAGGAGUAAUUUAAUUUUAGGGAGUUAAUUGCUAUACUGAAUGCACAGAUGAAUCAAGUGAGAAGCAGGUUUUUAUUAAACUAUGUUAGAUUCCAUAGUUGUGCUGGUUAAGCAUUACUGCUGAUGGUUUUUUCCAUAUUGCCCCCUGUUGGUGAGGGCAAAAACUGCAAACUCCCACUGGGUCAUUUUCCUUAACUCUUCCUUUUCCAUGUAUGUUGAACAACCUGAUAUUGAUGUCAAAUGAUCAGACUUUAUGUUUAUAUUACAUCUGAAAUAUUAGACAUAUAUUAAACAGAGGUGCUAUACCAGUUUGA